CCACUCACCUGGGUGCCGUAGGUGAUCGCGCGUCGAGCACAGACAGACACGCAUUCACAGCCGUUGUUGUCGCGGUGCGCGCUGCUCCGUAUUUUGGGUUGCAUAGUCGUAAGGGCGCGUGGCGCGGGCAGUUUGAAUCUGAAUUGGAUCUUAGUGCGAUUUAAAAGGAUUAUAAUCAAAGAAUAGGAGAAAAUGCGGUGGUGUCCGUUGCUGGUGGUGAUGUUUGUGGUGAUGGGUGGUGGGAUUGCUGUCCGAGUGGGCACGUCCGGUGGGCCUCAAAGUACGAGAAAAGUGGACCAACAAGCACAGGCCUCGUGGAGUAAUUUCGAUUCAAUAGAUAUAGGAGACACAUCAGACUUCUUCACGUCACAGCAACAGAUCUUACAAACCCACCCUACCAGAGGCGGAGGUCCAAUCAACUUCAGAGCGUCCAGCGGUAGUGGAAAUGGUCCUCUGAAACACAAACACGAUGAUUACAGGACAUCGCCUACGGCUGAACUAAGAAAAAAUCCUAGUCUAUCUGCUCCAGAUGAGUGUGCUAGAGCCUGUAGAGAGGGGGAACCUCCCAAAAUUUGCUACUACCACUUCACACUGGAACACUACAGCGUUCUUGGCGCGGCCUGUCAAAUCUGUACACCCAACGCUACCAACGUAGUAUGGUCCAACUGUCAAUGUAUCCUAGCUGAUGGUGUUGAAAGAAGUAUGCUAGCCGUCAACCGUAUGUUGCCAGGACCCAGUAUACAGGUCUGUGAGAAUGACAAAGUAGUUAUCGAUGUAGAAAAUCAUCUGGAGGCCAUGGAAGUAACCCUCCAUUGGCACGGUAUCUGGCAGAGAGGAUCUCAGUACUACGAUGGAGUACCGUUUGUUACACAGUGUCCUAUUCAACAAGGAAAUUCAUUCAGGUAUCAAUGGAUUGCUGGCAACGCUGGAACGCACUUCUGGCACGCCCAUACCGGUCUACAGAAAAUGGACGGUCUGUACGGCAGCAUAGUUAUUAGGCAACCACCCAACAAAGACCCCAACAGUCAUUUGUACGAUUUCGACUUGACUACGCAUGUUAUAAUGCUUUCGGAUUGGAUGCACGAAGCUGCCGCUGAAAGAUAUCCAGGAAGGCUGGCCGUCAACACCGGUCAGGACCCCGAAAAUCUCCUCAUCAACGGCAAAGGCCAGUUCAGGGACCCCAACACUGGAUUCAUGACGAAUACGCCUCUGGAAAUCUACACCAUGACCCCCGGAAAGCGGUACAGGUUCCGUAUGAUCAAUUCCCUGGCUUCCGUAUGCCCGGCACAGCUGACAGUUCAAGGGCACACCUUGACCUUGAUCGCUGCGGACGGUGAACCCGUCCACCCUGUCAAUGUCAACACUAUUAUUUCAUUCUCUGGUGAAAGGUACGACUUUGUUAUCAACGCAGAUCAAAAUGUAGGAGCUUAUUGGAUACAAGUCAGAGGUCUAGGAGAAUGUGGUAUUAGAAGAGUCCAGCAGUUGGCUAUCUUGAGGUACUACAGAGGACCGUACACUCCUUUCUCGCAAGCUCCAACCUACGAUUUCGGAGUACCCCAAGGAGUGGUACUGAAUCCUUUGGAUGCCAGAUGCAACGAGACCCGAAGAGAUGCCGUCUGUAUAAAUCAGCUGAAGAACGCCAGAGAAGUGGACAGGGCCUUACUGACUGAACAACCGAACGUGAAGAUUUUCUUGCCCUUCAGGUUCUACCUGUACACUCCCGAUGAUCUCUUCAACCCCAACACUUACAACAGACAUUUGGUUGCACCAAACGGUGACCACGUGAUCAGUUUGAUCGACGAAAUCUCUUACAUGUCACCGCCAGCGCCUUUGCUAUCACAGUACGACGAGGUGGACCCAGAGCAGUUCUGUAAUGGUGAUAAUAGACCGGCCAAUUGUGGACCAAACUGUAUGUGUACCCACAAAGUCGAUAUUCCCCUCAAUGCCAUUGUCGAGGUGGUGCUCGUAGAUGAAGUUCAACAACCAAAUCUGUCCCAUCCAUUUCACUUGCACGGUUACGCUUUCAACGUAGUGGGUAUGGGUAGAUCGCCCGACCAAAACGUGAAGAAAAUCAACUUGAAGCACGCGCUGGACUUGGAUAGGAGAGGAUUACUGCACAGACACUUUGAUCUGCCACCCGGUAAAGAUACCAUCGCUGUGCCCAACAAUGGAUACGUCAUUUUCAGAUUUAGAGCGGACAAUCCUGGAGUGUGGUUGUUCCACUGCCACUUCCUGUUCCACAUAGUGAUAGGAAUGAACCUCCUGCUGCACGUGGGAACCCACAACGACCUGCCACCGGUACCCCCCAAUUUCCCGACCUGCGGAGAUCACACGCCCAGAAUCAACUUAGAUCCUACGAAAAUAUGAGAAGACUUACAUAGAAUUUAUUUAAAUUAAAAAAAUCGAAUAAUGCAAGAGAUACAGAUUCGUUACAUGGUGGUGUAGAUGAAAUUGACACGCGAAACCUUGACAAUAGUUGCUCAAAGUAUAGUUCCAUGAAUUCUUAGUAGUAUAGUUCGCAGAUGAUUGCGAACUUUUUUAAAAUAACUAAACUACGGAUCAAAGUAAGGUAAUUUAUAUUUUGUAUGUACAGGGUGUACUAAUUUUGUGUCUUUUAUAGGGUUACUUUUUUAUGAAACUAAAGAUGGCUCUCACAGAUUUCUCCUGAUCUUCUUAGUUUCUGAAAUACAUAGCGAAUUUGAACUCUACAGAAUACAGGGUGCUACAAAUUCGAGGUACGAGCAUUGGUAAUUAGGGCAAAGUUGCGCCUUGGAAUGUUCAACAAGAUGGUAUCAAAAAAGUUUUUAAA